ACACACACACACACACACACACACACACACACACACACAUCUGGAUGCCAUCAGCAGAGGAAGGGAGUUGUUACCGGCAGCUUUGAGCUCAGAUAACACAAACAGACCCUUGCAGUGCCGACAGUACUACCAGAGCACUACAAGAGUACUGCUGCUGUAGUAAAAGAGUACUAGCAGAGCUAGUACAUGAGUACUGUGAUAGUACUACAGUACUGUACUAAAUGAAUACUGGUGCUGUUAAACCAUGGGGAUUUAAAGGAAGAGGAAGACAGCGUUUUUGUUGACGGCGUCAGAAAAACUGAAAAGAAAAAGGGUCAGAGUCAAAGAACUGAAAGAAAGAAAUCAAAAGAAGAAGAAAGGGGGUUGAAUUCAAAUAAGAGAAGAGGAAGAAGAAGAAAGGUGGAAAGUUGAAGAAUUUGAAAGAAGAUGAAGCUUUUUGGGACUCUUCUCUUUGCCUCUGUGCUAUUGUCCAUCUGCAGCGUCUCUCAAACCUCUCGUGCUGCAGACAACUGUUCCAGUAUGUCCUUCCGUCUUCGGGCAUUCAGGCUCCAGGUGAGAUGUAAUGUCACUACCCUGAAGGAGAAGCAGCUUGAGGAGAUCCAGGCCCCGACCACCAACCUGUACCUGCCGAUCCUCUACCUGCUGUCCUUUGUUGUGGGUCUCCCCUCCAACCUGGUGGCUCUGUGGGUCCUGGUCUUCAGAACCAAGCCACUCCCGUCCACCACGCUGCUCAUCAACCUCACGGCUGCAGACUGCCUGCUGCUGCUGGUCUUGCCAUUCCGCAUGGUGUAUCACUUCAUGGGAAACCACUGGAAUCUGGGCGAGCCUUUCUGCCGGGUCGUUAUGGCGAUAUUCUACGGCAACAUGUACGGGUCUGUGCUGUGUCUGGCGCUGGUGGCUCUGGACCGCUAUGUGGCCCUGGUGCACCCAUUUGCCGCCAGGACGCUGCGCGGCCGGCGCACCUCCCUGUGUAUGACGGCGGCGGUGUGGGCAGUAGUCCUGGCGGCCAUGUUGCCUCUUCUGAUAAGCCAGCAGACCUACGAGCUGGAGGAGCUGCAAAUCACCACCUGCCACGACGCACUGCCGGAGCAAGAGCAGGACCGCUUCUUCCUGCCCUACUUCUGCACCUUGUUCACCUUCUGCUUCCUUCUGCCCCUCCUAGUGGUGCUGUACUGCCACUCUGCCGUGCUGCACUCGCUGCUGGCUGAGGGGAAGCGGUACGGCCAUGCCGUCCGGGUCACAGUACUGAUGCUGCUGGUAUUUCUUGUAUGUCUUCUACCUAGCAACGUCCUACUGCUGCUCACCUACGCAGACGGCAAGGAUGGCGAGGAUCUCUAUGUGCCCUACACUGUUAGCUUAGCCAUUAGCACCUUUAACAGCUGCAUCGACCCCUUUAUCUUUUAUUUUGUAUCGGCAGAGUUCAGGGAGAAGGCUCGGGGCGCUCUGUGUUGCCGUGGCGACGCAAAGGACAGGCGGUCUCAUAUGGCCAACAAGGUGUCGUACUCCUCAUCAUCAUCAUCACGCCUCGGGACAAAGGUCACCAUUCUGUCCAGGUCCAGUCGGAGUGGGUUGUCACAGACCACAUGAGGAGACGAUUAAUCCGCCUUUUAUUUACUAAAUCUUUCAUUGAAUCUUUCGACCAUAAAAUGUCAGUUUCAAUGUUGUGUUUGAACUGAAACAAUAUGCAUGUCUUCUAACAUUUUAAAAGGGAAAACUACUUGAUUAUGAAACUGGCCUAGAUUAUGACCGUUGCAGUUUCUUACUUUCGUUCGUACUUUAAUCAUCAUUAAAACAUAAAAAAUGUUAAAACCUUUAGACCGAGAACAUGUCGACACAUCGACUAUGGAUUCUUAACAGGAUCAGCUAAUUUAUUUAGACAUUAAUAGAAAUGAAGAAGAAAUACUGCUUGUGAGCGUAAAUACUAGAAUCACAUAUUUAAUGGACAGUAUUGAAAAACUGAAUGAAAAACUAAGUUAAACGAAUCUGCUUUGAAUGUAAACUAAUUCAAUACAAUAAAAAAGUAAACAUUUCAAA